GGAAUCGGGAGCUGGGCUGGGCGUGCAGCUAGCAGGGUGCAGCCCCGGCGCACAGCGUGUCCUGGUUCCCCCGGCCUCCCCGCUGCCAGCCCAGGCCCUGCGAGCUGCAGCAAAGCUCCUCGAGCCCUGUGGCCGGCCCUCGCCUCUCGCAUCUCCCAUCCCGGGCUCGUCUCCCCUGAUUUCGGAGCAGCUGCCUUGCAGCGAGCGGAGGCGCCGUGGCCAUGCCGGCAGCGGGGCUGGUGCUGGCGCUCUGCGCCCUGCUGCAGCUGUGCCCGGCCGCGCUGGGAGCCUUGCGGCCGCAGCUCCUGGUGGAGAGGAGCGGCUCCAGGAGGCUGAGCAAGGUUGGAGGCUUCUCCUGGGAGAACUGCGGUGAGGGGAAGGAUCCCGUCGUGCUCCAGAGCCUCUCCGUGGCGCCCGACCCCAUCAGCAUCCCAGGGAACCUGCGCAUCAGCGCGGCCGUGAACGGGAACAAGCCCAUGGCCUCCCCUCUGAAGACGGUGCUGGUGGUGGAGAAGGCUCUGGGCGACCUCUGGAUCCAGCUGCCCUGCAUCGACCAGCUGGGCAGCUGCACCUACGACGACAUCUGCACCAUCCUCGACACCCUCAUCCCACCCGGCACCCCCUGCCCGGAGCCGCUGCUCACCUACGGCAUCCCCUGCCACUGCCCCUUCAAAGCGGGCUCCUACUCCCUGCCAGCCAGCGAUUUCGCCCUGCCCGACGUCGAGCUGCCCUCCUUCAUGACCAACGGCAACUACCGCGUGCGGGCGGUGGUCAGCAGCAAGGGAGAGGAGCUGGCCUGCGUCAAGCUGGGCUUCUCCCUGCAGUCCCAGUGAGGGGCUGGGGGGGGCCGUCCCUCCUCCCCCCGUCGCCUUUUUCCCCUCGUCUCAUCUCAUCCUGUCCAGUUGCAUCUCAUUCAUCUCACCCCUGUCCAACCUCUCCCACCCCACCCCACGUCCAUCCCCGCCUCUGUCUGCACCCCCCCAGCGCCGUGUCCCUCCCUGUGGUCCCAAACUAACAUCUGAAGCAGGAGAAGAGAUUUGGGCGAGCUCAGGAGCUUUCCCCAGCCCUGUCCCUGCAGGGAGAGUGACACCGCUGCCAGGAGGAGGCCCCCCCCCGACCCCUGCCCCAUUUCCCCCUCUCAUGCUAAGCACAGGAGGGCUCCCCGUGGCUGUCCCUCUGUCCCCAACCCCACCACCCGUGUCCCCAGCCCAGAACAGGGUGGCUUUGGAGCCUCCCCCCAGCCUGUUGGUGGGGCUUGGGGGUAGCUAUUUUUUUACCUGCUUGCCCCCUUUUUUAAACUUUUCUUAAUCUCACCAGGGGAAUUUUAGAGAAAACAAAACAAAAGGAAACAAAAACAACGAACAAGCAAACAAACAAACAUUCCAGGGAGAAGCAAUAUUUCUUGAAGCAGACCAAGGAAAGGAGGGAGCACGUGGGGAGGAGGCUGGAGGGAUGCAGGGCGAGCUGUGGGGGCUGUCCCCACCUCUGGCCGGAGCACAGACGGGGCAAUGUCACAGAAGUGUCCCCAGAGCAGCUGCAGGAGACCUGUCCCCAGCACGGCAGCUCCGGUCUGCCCUUGGAGCAUCCCCAUGGUGUGCGUGGGACCAGCUCGGAGACACGAGGCCCUUGUGGGGACACCUCCCCAUGUGCCUGCCUGCGACAAAAUGAGCACAAAAGGGGGGAGAGCCCCAAACCCCAGCCAGACACAAGGCACCAGGCGGCUCGUGCUGCUCCCAGCAGCCAGGGGAGGUGGCUGGCCACGGGCCACCAUUGCUCAGGGUGGGACGUGGCUGUGACACGUCCAAGGCCAAGGCCAAGUCCCGCUCAUCUCAUUCCGCCCCUGGGACCAAGCCGAGGCAGGAUGCUGCACCCAGUGUGGGAUGAACUGGGGCUGCACCACCAAGACCAGCAGCCUCGGCACAUUUGGGGGCCCUUCAGCUGCAGCCUGGGGGUUGCUUAGUGGUGUAGGGACUGGGCUUAGCGGGCAGCAUCCAUCCUGCUGCAAUUACACUGCCCUGCACACCCUGACCCCGUUCUGACACCGGCCACAUCCCCACAGCCCACAGGUGCCGGUGACCCCCUAACCCCCAUCUGUGCCCCCCCCAUUUGCUGUCAGUUCCGUGCCUGCUGCCGGUCCCCCAUGCACUUUAACGCCUUAACCACGGUACGGCUGCCUGGGCAGAGCCUGCAGGAGGUGCCUCACCCCCCCGCCGUGCUCCCACCUCCUCCCGGUGCCCUGACCUCGCCCCGCAGCACCACUAACACCCCCCCCUCCGCUCCCUGCUCCCGGCUCCCCCCCGCCGGGCCCUUAAUAAACGUUUGUAGGAGGA